AACUCUACCCUUUCCAAAGGCGGUUAUUUUUCAACCCCGUUACAUUCUUGCUCACCUCGCAACUGCAUAAAACCUCUUCCAAUCCCAUCAUGUCACAGCACAACCCCCCUCUCUCACGCAUAGCCAACCAGCCAACCCUGUUACGGCGGCAGCUUGCAUGCUCCAGCAGCCAAUCGUUGCGGCUCAACAUCACCGCUUGAAAACGUACCGCGUAGAGCAGACCACCGCACUGCAGCCUCGUUUAACUUGUUUCGCUCCAGAUAAGAGGCAGUGAGAAAAGAGGAAAAGGCAGCCACAGCGAAAUGCAUGCAGCUGCAUGACGUCUAGGCGUCAGUUAUCCACUGUCCUCGAGCGUUCGCAUGGCUCCGCAGCCUGUUGUGUUUAGUUAAAGUGUCCUGAUCUUUUAUGAUAUUCGGUCGUGGAUUAUGAUAUGCUGUCGAACGGGUCUUGUGUCAGCCAAGUUUCAAGGAACUUGGACUCUCGGCCAAUUCAGUUCCACGGGCUGUAUCUGUUUGUGUCCCGUGGCCAACUGAGUUGAUCAACCCGAGCUGUCAAUCGCAUGGUUCAACUUAAUAUCUCAUCGUCGACUUGAUACUGAUUAGUCCAACUUGACAACUACUGGCGAACCACUACAAUGUGCAGUGUGUUCGCUUCACAUUAAACUACUCGCCCACGAGAUUUGCAUCUCUCACACCCUCAUCUCUGUCCUAGAUCAUCUAUCACCUUACCCCUCUCCAAAGCAGGGCGAACGUGGCGCACGAUCGUCCAGCUUGCACAGCGUCCAUGACCCCUUGGCUGCUCGCCCGAGAGCCUCAAGGAACGUCUGUUCCCUCCCGCCGUCAGCCAAAAUACACUGGUGGCCCGUCACUUGCAGCGUACCGGUACCGUACCGUCCUGCACAUCACCUGGAGAGUCGUAUCGUGUAAGCCCGCUCGCACAGACGACGCUGCACGACGGACGGUCUUAACACCCACUCACUUGCUGACUCCAAACUCCCCCUGUCGUUCUUUGCUUCUGCCGCUACCACAGCCUGUCCUGUUGUGCAAUGUGCAACAACCAUAGGAGACAAUAGCCUCUUUUCUCGUCGCCCGCAGAAUAUGAGAUGCCUUGACAAGGCAGCCGAUCCUGACGAUUGCUUUUGUGCAAUGAUCAAUUCCAAGUACGUACAGUAGAUGCUGUGUAGACCUCGCCUAGUCUGUGUGUUUAGUUCCCGUCUAUAUCAUGCUCCCAUGUCCGUCUCUCGUUUGCCUCGUCCUUUCUUCUUUAGCUCUUCCUGUCGAUCUCUUCUCUCUUGAACAAGGAACCCCUUCUUUCUACUGCCCAUUCUACCACGCUUGGCAAGCAUCACCUUGCCUUCAGCACAACACCAGCCUCAGCUCACUGCUUUGGUUCGUGAACUGCACUCCAUCUACAAAUCCUGGCUUCACAAACUCAUCGCCACCCGCCUCAUUCUCCAAGUAAUUACCAUCUACAGUAAUCUACCAUGUCACGUUCAUCAUCAGUCUACUCAGAUGACAGCCGCUCAUCGGCAUGGACAACUACUUAUACCCGGAUACCCAAGAAACAGCCCAAGGCUCUCCGCUUCCUCUCAUGGGUAGCUGGAGCACCACCUGGAGCUACAGCUGUCAAGAAGAGAACAAGAGACUACCGUGAUGACCGUUCGGUCAGUUCCAGUGGCUCGACGUUCUCUAACUGGGAUCAAUCCGAUACACAACUCUACUGGGUUGUUCACCCCAACAGCUACUACUACAGUGGUAGCAGCAGGGGGAGCACCAGCAGUGGACAUAGUAAGCGAAGUGGACGGAGCCAUAAGAGCGGAGGUGGCUCCCGUAAGCACUUUGACGGAGCCGUUCCCCGGCCGAUGGUUCAGCCGAUGAACAUGAACGGCGGCCCCCCACCACAUCCACCUCCGCCUCCGAUGGCCCCACCUAUGGACGGAGGCUACGACGGAGGCCCCGGCUAUGAUGCCGGCUACGGCGAUGGCAUCUAUGAUGAAGGUUAUGAUCCCAAUUUCGGCGGUCCUCCUCCUCCUGCCCCGAUGAUGGGUGGAUAUCCUGGCCCUCCUCCUCCUCCUCCCAUGCAUCCACCACCUCCUAUGCAUCCCCAGAUGCCCGGUGGAAUGCCCGGCGGAGCUCCUUUUAUCGACUUGACUGGCCAGAACCACCCAGGAGGUAGAGGAGGUCCCUCUUCAGAAUCAGAUGGCUGGAGCUCUGAUGAAGAUUAAUGUUGGUCUCGAGACUGGGCUGAGGAGCAGAACCUAUUGAGUAGUGUUGUGCUUUCUGUUCACGUUGAUGAUUGUGUUCGGAUAUGUAUUGCUAACAAACUUGGGAUGGCGAACAUGGCGUUACGGGAAUCAGUUAUGAGACAACUGAAGGGUUAUGAAUGAAGUCAUGAUUGCUUACACGCAUCAAUUUAACGAUGUCGCUUGCUGUUCUUUGCCUCUUCUUGGUAUAGCCAUUAGCGUAUUAACCAUUUGCAGUUUAAGAUGCAGGUUUGGUGGUGCGAUUAUACAUGUAUAUAGUUUGAUGAUAAGAGUAGCUGUUAUAUUUUUUAUGUUCCCAAUGUAUACUUGAGUGAAAACGGUA